GGCCGUCAGAAUGGCGUUGCCGUGGCGACGUUUGUAGAAAGGCCGGGCGGGCGCGCGGGCUGCGGGCCUUCGCCUGGAGACUCCGCGGGAGGGCGGCAGGGCGGAGGUCAGGGCUCUCGGCGGAGGACGAGGCGUGGGCUUCUUCCUCAGGCCAGGGAAAGCAGAGAAUAUGAAAGCCUAUCUAAAGAGUGCAGAAGGCUAUUUUGUCCUGAAUAAAAGCACUACGAUUGGAAGGCAUGAAAAUUCAGACCUUGUUUUAGAGCACUUGACCUGCAGCAGUGCGGCCUCACCAGUGAAGGAGCAAAGGCUUUCCUAAAGGCCCUUGAAACCAACAGAACUCUGCUCGUUCUGGAUAUAAGAAAAAAUCUGCUUGUUGAUCAUUCUGUGAUGAAAACAGUUACCAAAAAAGUUCUCCAGAUGGAAGGAGUGCCAAGUCAGAGUCUUGGCCGCAAAGAAGCCUGUAAGUAAUGGAAGGAAACACUCUGCUGGUCAAGAAUGUUACCCUCCUGAAGCGCUACCACCUGGAGUGUCUGGUUUCCGGCCAUUGUGUCCUGCAGAAAGUGCAAAAAGCAACAGGUCCAUCAGAAUUUCCUGUGACUGUGACAGUAGAGAGUCCUUCCUCCUCAGAAAUCGAAGAGGUCGAUGAUUCCUCAGAACGUGUUCAGGAAGAGCCAGAGAAAAUCCGUUUGAAACAAGAAGCAUUGCAGGAAACCCUGGAGCAGUGCCUAAAGCAGUUAAAGGAGGAAAGAGUUAUAAGACUGAAGGCUGAUAGACGAGUCAUUGAGCUGGAACAUGAAAAUGCCCAGUUAAGAAACACAACUUUCUCUUUGUCUGAAGCCCUUCAUGCCCACUCAUUGACAAGCAUGAUCCUGGAUGAUGAAGGUGUUUUGGGCAGCACUGAGAAUUCUUUUCAGAAGUUCCAUGCUUUCCUGGUUCUCCUUAAAGAUGCUGGGCUUGGGCAGUUGGCCACAAUGGCUGGUAUAGAUCAGUCAGAUUUUCAUUUACUAGGUCGUCCCCAGAUGAAUUCUCCUGUUAGUAGUCCACCUAAAGAAGAAAAGAAGGCACUUGAAGAAGGAAAAUCAGAAUCAAAACAGGGUGCCCCAUAACAAAUGCAAAAUAGCCAAGUUUCUAUUUGUAUGCAGUCAGCUUACAAUGAAGGAACACUAAUGAAGUUCCCGAAAAUUACAGGUGAUGCUAGGAUUCCUUUGCCUCUCGACCCCUUCCGUGUCCCAGCGUCUACUCAGGAGGCCUUAGAAACUUCCAAAGACAACCUGGGGGUCCCAGUCACAGAGCAGCGGCAGGAGUCUUUUGAAAAUUUCAUUGCUAGAACAUGUUCUCCUUCAGCAGACGUCAUUUCUGGAACUGGAAGUCAAAAAAAAGAAGAGGAAUUAUCUAGAAAUAGCAGGUCUUCUUCAGAGAAAAUGAGCAAAGCAGGUGAAUAGACCAAAAACUACUCUGCUAAGAAACAACCUGGGAAGGACCUGCAUUCCUGCUCUGACUCACCUGUAAAGCAGAAAAGCAAAGGAAUUGGGCAAAAUAAUUCUUUGGUUAAUAAACCAAUUAAAAGUGAGUCUUCGAAAAAACACAUUUUCGUUAAGAAAGAGAGUAGAAUAAUGACUGUUUCAUCAAAGACAAGUAAAAGUAAACUCAGUGUACUAGAACAGUCUGAAAGUGAUACUCUUGGAUCUGAUUGUGAAUUUCAAGAAAGCAUCCAUACUCUAUCACGCCUAACGUAGGUCUAAAUCUUUUAAAAUUAUGUUUUUGCCGUCAAAUUUUAAUAAAUUACUUAUGUUUUUAUUAUA